GGUACAAGGAUUCUGAAUACUUACCACAGCCAGAGAUCCAAGGAGCGAUCCUCCAGUACUUAGCAGAGGUGAAAUGCUUUCUGGCUGCAGAGAUAGAGCGCUCAGCGAAGGAGGUAAAAUCUGAAAUUCAAGCAUUGUGCCCCCCGGAAUGUCGGAUGGACCACGUGGUGACUGCACCCAACAAAGCAGCCACA